CGUAACUCCGCCCACGGAAGGGACAGUGGAGGUAAAAAAAAACAUAAUAAUAAAACCAAAACAAACCGAAAUAAAGUGGUCAGACGGGCUGGAGGAGCGGGGCCAGGAUCAGAAAUGGAUCCUGAAGAUCGGUGCCUUGAGUCACUAACACUGGAUCCUGAAAAGCUGAAUUUAAAACUGCACAUUGCUAUUUGGAAUGUGGGAACAGCGUCACCCCCUAGAGAACUCAGCUCUUUAUUGCUGCUUGACUCUUCAGGUCCAGAUAUUGAUUUGUAUGUUAUUGGGUUGCAGGAAGUAAAUUCCAAAAUAGUAAACUUUCUCUCAGAUUUGGCUUUCGAUGACCCCUGGAGUCUUUUUCUUAUGGAUAUUUUGGCACCACGUGGUUAUGUUAAGCUUUCAUCUGUUCGGAUGCAGGGUCUCCUUCUGAUAACAAUGGUAAAGCACAAGCAUAUUCCUUUCAUACAGGACAUUCGUACUAACUACAUUCGCACUGGGCUCUAUGGAUAUUGGGGCAAUAAAGGAGGUGUGACGGUACGCAUGUCUGUAUAUGGACACAUGCUGUGCUUCAUGAACUGCCAUCUGCCUGCUCACAUGGAGAACACCAACCAGAGGCUGGAUGACUUUGAGAGGAUGCUUGAGGCCCAACAAUUUGAUGGUGAAAGCAUUGGCAGCAUUUUGGAUCAUGAUGUUGUGUUUUGGUUUGGGGACCUUAACUUUCGGAUUGCAGACUUCGGAAUCCACUUUAUUAGAGAAGUGGUUAAUAGCAAUAGAUACAAUCUGCUAUGGGAAAAGGACCAGUUAAAUAUUGCUAAGAAGAAAGAACGAUUUCUCCAAGGAUUUAUGGAGGGGCCAUUGAAGUUUAAGCCAACUUACAAAUUUGACCUGAACUCAGAUGUAUAUGAUACAAGAUGGAAGAAGUCACUAUUGGGAUUUAAUGGGAAAAAACGUAAACCAGCUUGGACAGAUCGAAUUCUUUGGAAAAUAAAGGAGGAUUCGGAAAGUGAACUGGAUGAAGCUGUGGGAUCAGAUUUUGAGCAUAUUUUAAAAGUCCAUUUAGAAAAGUAUGCAAGUCAUAUGAACUAUGGAAUUAGUGAUCACAAGCCGGUAACAGGAACUUUCACAUUACAGAUGAAGCCUCUAAUCCUCACACCUUCAGUUACCCUGAGAGCAGAGGGAGAAUGGAACGCUGAUCAUGACUCUCUCCUCAGCUAUUCUGUGAGCAAGGAUUUUCCCAGCAGCACCUGGGACUGGAUUGGGCUCUACAGGGUUGGCUUCAGACAUACAAAUGACUAUGUCACUUAUGCCUGGGUUAAAGAUGAUGAAAUUUCAUUCAGUAAAGAUUGUAGUCAGGUUUACAUUAGCGCUGAUGGAAUUCCACUUGAUGGAGGUGAAUUUCUGUUGGGCUAUUUCUGUCAUAAUUUGCAAUGUUUGGCUGGCAUCAGUGAACCUUUUCAGAUACAGCCAGGCAAAAUCUUACCAGCAAAAGAUGGCACAGAAGAAAAAGACGAGUCCAGCAAGUCCAACAUGUUCGUGGGAACUGGAUUUUAGAAGUCUCGUAUGCUAUGAAAUUCUUAUAUGUUCAAUUACCUUGUUUUGCUCUAUGGCAGCACAAAAACACAGAUCCUGCUUAGCUUUGUUGUACUCUCAGCAAAAAUGUGUUUACAGUCUUGAAGGAGAACAUGUCAUAAUACCACUAUAGGCAGCAGGACACCAUUCAUUAUUACACAUGGUCUAUCAAUCAUUCCAUUCACACAGUAGUUUCUUUUUACCUAAAUGGUUUUAUUUAAAAUUUGUAAAUUGUUGACUAAAAAGCACUAAUACUUGUAAAUGCAGCCAACGACUACUUUUAGCCAAUAUAAUUUGGUUAUAUGUGUUAUUUUUUCUUUAUACGUCCAUGAUAUUUCAAUCCAGUAUGUGCAUCUGCUACUGAUGAUUAUCGCUAGGGAGGGACUUACUUGUGACAUGUCCCUUAGUGUACUCUUUGCUUACAUGUCCCUUAGUGUACAACUUCUAAACGCACAACUUACAAUAUAAAAAAAAAUAAAAAUCUUUUUAGUAUUUAAAUAUUACUAUUAAAGGAAAUCUGGCAUCAGUUUCACCUGCACUAACCUGUCAGUACAGUCAGGUAGUGUAGAUGACACUGAUGACAACAAUACUUACCUGGUCCUGUUCUGUACUCUGGUUUUCUGGACAGAGCUUAGGGAAGUCACAGUUGCGGUUCUCUGCUGGGUCCCACUGCUAACAAUAAGCAGCGGUGAUGUUAUGAAGCUCCUCUCAUGCUCCAAGUCGGGCCUGGAACAGAAGAUACCAAAGAGGAUAGCCGGAGAACGGGAGUACGGAACAGGACCAGGUAAGUAUUGUUGUCAUCACUGUCACCUGCACUACCAGUCUCUACCGACAGGUUAGUGCAGAUGAAACUGAUGACAGAUUUCAUUUAAGUUUAACUAUUCAGUUUCUUAUUCUUCUUUUUUCAAGUAUCCUAUUCCCAUGUGUUGGUUGCACUUAUUAACAAAAACAGCAUAUAAUUACUGUUUACAAUGGGGCAAACAUUUUUAGUCAGCCACCAAUUGUGCAAGUUCUCCCACUUAAA